AUGUCACGGUGUCUGAUCCACGUUGGUCAUAAACUUUCUUUUACUCGCAGACUAAUUUUACUAUUCAUGUUCUGUCUCUCUCAGUUAUUAGAUGGCUUCAAUUUUUCAGCUCUCUUCUCCGCAGUCCCUACCCUCGAGGUAUCCAUGAGAUUGACUGAAAGUCAAUCCACUUGGAUCCUCAGUGCAUUCCAGUUGACCUUUGCAUCCUUUCUGCUUAUCAGCGGUCGCAUUAGCGACGUAUACAACCCAAAAAUUGCGUUUAUUGGGGGUGUAUCUGGCCUUUGUGUCAUCUCGCUGUGCGCUGGAUUUGUUAAUGACAUCAUUCCGUUCAUUGUUCUCAGAGCGUUGAAUGGAAUAGUCUCUUCAAUGACGGUCCCCUCUGCCUUACGACUCCUGAUCAAAGUAUUUCCCGAGCCGCUUGAACAAGCCCGGGCGAUAGGGAUAUUUGGAGGCUGCAACGGCGUUGCUAACGUCCUCGGUCUCGUAAUUGGCGCAAUGUUCGUCGAAUGGACAUCUUACCAGUGGGUGUUCUGGUUUUCAGCCAUCGUGGCUGGGCCAGCGGCUCUGGCGUGUGUCUUCAUCAUACCGUCAGAAAUUUCAAACAACACAGACAAUCUUGAGCCUGCAGCAGAGAAAUGGAAGAGCCUUGACUUGGUCGGCGUAAGCAUCCUCACUGUUGCUUUGAUUUUGUUCAUCUUCGCUGUGACAUCUGGCUCCACUAAUGGCUGGGCAUCCACAAAAGUGCUGGUUCCGCUGAUCAUAUCCAUCUUAGUGGUGGUCGGGUUUUUCUACUGGGAAACGCGCAUACCUGUGGACACAGCUGCAAUACCACCCCGGACAUGGUUUUACCACAAUUUCUCCGUUCUUUUCGCCCUCGCGCUCUUGCCAUUCUUUUGGUGGGCCACAGUGUUCUCAACUUUUACCACCCUGUGGCAAAACGUAUUUGGUUGGUCGGCAAUAUCAUCGGCUGUACACAUGUUCCCGAUAGGCGUCGUAGCAUUCGUUAUGAGUUUCACCGGAUCGCUCUCUCGCAUCGUUAGUCCAAAAUGGAUUAUUCUCACUGGUCUGUCCUUUUGCAUGGUCGCGACCGUAUUGUUGGCGCUUGGUGGAGGGAAGCCUCAUGAUUAUUGGCCAUAUAUAUUCCCGGCUUUUGCUGUAGGAAGCGCAGGGGCCAUGUUGACGUAUACGCACACAAACAUUGCCAUUUUUCAAGCCGCACCUCCGUCCAUGGCAGGCACAGUUGGUGCCAUCUUUAAUGGCGCUCUUCAAUGUGGAUCAGCAAUUGGCCUUGCUGGUAUCAGCUCGAUAGAGAUAUCCGUGGAGGCCAUCCAUGGGGGCCCACAUGAUGUGGACCACACACCUCAACCGGAACACGACAACCCCGCAAAUCCUGCUCGACGCAGCACACACUUUGACGAAAAAAUUAACGAUGCGAACGUGACCAUGAUCGAAAAAGCUGACCUAGCGAAUCUGUCGGUAUAG